ACUGUUGAAGCUCCGCCCCUUGAGCUGUUGCAUUUCUUAGCAUCUGAGAGUUUUGAUCCUUUACAACAAGAAGAUGGAGGACUCAUCACCCAACAACAACUCCUCACUGAAAGAGCUUUUUCAGGCAGCAGUAGAGCUCAUCCACUGGAGGGAACCCAAGAAGUCCAUGGCAGCGUUCAUUUUGUCCCUGAUUGUCCUUGUAUCCGUGGCGACACUGUCAGUCAUCAGUGUGUUUUCCUACUUGUUGCUUGCUUGCCUCUGCGUCACAAUCACCUUCAGGGUUUAUAAAUCUGUGAUCCAGGCCAUCCAGAAGUCCAACGACGGUCAUCCUUUUAGGUCUCAGCUGGAUCGGGACAUCUCAGUGUCCCCAGAGUGGGCCCAGCAGCUGGCCGAGCAGUGCAGGACACACUUGAACUGGUUUAGCAUCCAGACCAGAAGACUAUUGCUAGUGGAAGACCUGGUGGACUCUCUAAAGCUGGCUGCAGUCAUGUGGCUAAUGACGUACAUUGGUGCAGUGUUUAACGGUGUCACCAUACUAAUUCUUGCUGAUGUCAUCUUCUUCACCACGCCUCUGAUCUACCAAAAGAAGAAGAGUCAGAUCGAUCGACAUGUGGAGCUACUCCGAUCCAACGUAGAGAAGAUUCUAGAGAGACUGCAGGACAGGCUACCUGGAGCUGUAAGGAGGACCAAAGCUGAGUGACACCUGAGAAUCAUCUCUCUUCAUAGGAAUAGUCCAGUUCUCAGUUAAUCCUAAAUAAAGAGUUCUGAUUAAAAAAAA